AUGCGUUCCCCAGAGGCCGGAACUGAGAGCACUCCCCAGGCGGAUGUCAAAGCAACUAAUAUCCGCAUUCCUCCGAUAUUCCAGGAUGGUUGGGAAAUUUAUGCUCAAGAUCUUGCCGAAGCCUCUUUAUCGCAGAGGAGUCAUGGACUGGGCGUCUUCAGAAAUUACUAUGCCUCGAAUGGUGUCGCUCCACCAGUUGAGAAAGGAAAGGAAGCACUCGAGAAAAUGUUCGACAGCUACCGUGGUCAAGGCGACGAUGAAACUACAGUAGGAGCUGACGGCACGAUGAGAUACUUUACUCAAGACCUGGAACUCAAUCUGGAGAACGCCGAAUUAUUGAUUCCGUUGGAGAUAUGCAGGGUCCAGGAGAUCGGUGCUAUGAACAAGGAGGGAUUCGUAGAAGGCUGGCGCGCAGUUGGUUGCCCUACAUUGGCAAAGCAAAAGGCAUACAUCGCUACACAAAUUAAGGCGUUGUCUACAGAUAUGGCAGUUUACAAAAGAGUAUAUAGAUACGUUUUCGUUUGCGCCAAGGAGAGAGGCCAAAAAGCAUUACCACUAGACACCGCUAUUGAAUACUGGCGGGUUCUAUUUGCACCUCCAGGUAUGACUUGGGUCACGGAUACAACCGAUUGGACAGCCUUGUGGUUUGAGUUUCUCUCCGCGAAGUGGACUAAGAGCGUAAAUAAGGACAUGUGGCAUCAGACACUUGAAUUCCUUCAAAAGGCUGUACAAGACGAGAGUUUAUCUUUCUGGAACGAGGAUGGGGCUUGGCCUAGUGUCAUUGAUGAGUUCGUCGUGUACGCGAAGGAGAAGAAAGGGAUACUGGAGAAAAUGGAGACUGACUAA